AUGAGACAGCAACAGUUCCAAUUAUCUCGGUUGUUUGCCGUUGUGAUCGCUCUGGUUAGAACCAACUAUUCUUCUGCCUUUGGAAGUAGUCCAUUACUGGUACCACUUCUUCGUCGAAGCACACGUCUUGGCUAUGCUUCGACGGAACGAAGCAGCAUUGAGUUGAUUGAUCCCGAGACGGGCUGUGAAGUGGUUCUGAUCGGAUGCUUUCAUGGAUCGCCUUCUUCGGCCAACGAUGUGGAACGAGAAAUCUUGGCAGUUCCACAUCCUGAUGCCAUUGUGUUGGAACUGUGCGCCUCUCGCUUUGCCGAUUUGCGACGGGCAGCGGAUAAUAGCACCAUGGAAGCAAAGGAUACCAAUACUCCUCCUCGAUUGAUUCGUUUCUUGCAAGUCGUUCGAGACACGGCACGUACCAAAGGACUCUCGACUGGAGUCGCUACUGGAAUACUGGGUGGUGUUAGUGGCCUGCAGACUGCGCUGAGUGGAUUUACGCCUGGAUUGGAAUUUACCACGGCAUUGGAACUAUCUCAACAACAGCAACAAUCUACAACCAACCCAAAGCAUUGUGAUAUCAUCCUGGCAGAUCAAGUGGUGGAUGUGACGAUUGAAAAAGUGGGAAAAGUGCCGAGAUUGGCCCAAAACAUGAUGGAAGAGGUUCUGAGUUGCAGCACAUCCCUGGAACAAACACAGUGGGGGCAAAUGGCCGCGGCACUACAGACUGCCUUGGUUGGAAAUCCCACUCUAGGGUCACAGUAUCAGAUCAAUGUGGGACAAGUCAUGACACGCAACAUGGCCGUCAUUCUGGAAUUGUCCAGAUUGCUGUUCCCACCUAUUCUGCUUACGCAGAUUGCACUGACGGUCGUCAAUGAAUUCAUAUUCCCACUGCCACAAGAACAAGGAGAAACCAUGAUGACAAUGAUUACAGACGAAGGAGUUCAACCCAUGGUGCCACUGAUACCGUCCCCAUUAGCGAUAGAUCCACUGGCCUAUGCACUGGAUGCACUUCCACAUGUGGCAAUUUUGACUUUUAUGCUGACAUUUUCCUAUUCCUUUUUGGCAGUACCCGUAACUAAGGUUAUCUUGGCUGAACGAGACGAUCAAUUGACACGAGGGAUACAAGCUGCUUGUCGAUUGGCCAAGAAGGAUUCAAACGCAAGUAGCCAGCAACAAUCACCCGACAAUGACAGUUCGCCGGGGCGAGUGGUUGCCGUUUUGGGCCUGCUGCACCUGAACGGUGUAGCACAACGGCUCUUAAACUCGAUACCCAUAGAAGAGGAUGUAGAUGUUUCCUCCUCGAUCGGCGUUGCAACGGAGAACAGAAUACAAAGCGACGUAUGA